UGAGUCCCUGGUAGCGACUCCACGCGUCAAAAAAGACAAGACAGUCACCUGGUCGGCUUAUAAAUAAGUUUCUAGAUAAAUAUUCUAAUAAGAUCGAGCGAGGGAUGAAUUCAGGUCUGAUCCUCUGAGCGGCACAGACCGAGUUUAAAUUCUGUCAGUGCGCUUUGGGUGAGGACAAAAGUCCACAGUGUUGUUUUGUGAUUUUUUUCCCCUCUUUUUUUUUCUUCUUAUUCAGCUGGACGCCAGAGUGCAAACUUAUGACAUUUGACACCGCCCGGGAGCGGGGCUGCAAAUGGGCGGCAUAGGUGGCAACCUCUACCUCAGCAUGUUGAAUGGGACUGAAACGCAAACUUUCGGAAAGAACGCCGACAUCAGCAGUCACCUCCACCGCGGCGGCAAGGAUCUAGCCGAGUUUAAAAUGGGGAUUCAGGACGCGAGGUUUUACUACCCGGACUCUGUUCAGGGCGGCCAGGACGCUCUGACUCUGCCGUACCACUCGGAGCAGGCGGUGGGAGGGUACGCGGCGCAGCCCGGCAGGUUUUACGCACAGACCCUGAGCAGCUGCCCGUACGGCGGCGUGCGGUCUCCGCCGAGGAGCGCAGCCGGGCAGGGCUACAUCCCCACGGCGGGAGACGGGUUUCCUACAAGCGGUAAAGACGUGUACUCUCCCUCCCCGGAGAAUUACCCCGGCAGCUUUCAGCACGGCUACCAGCGGCCGCCUCUCUACCCUUUACCUGGGCUACAGGUGUGCGGCAAGACUCAGGCUCUGCUCAAUAACUACCCGCUGUGGGCCAAGUUCCACAAGUUCCAAACCGAGAUGAUAAUCACCAAACAGGGGAGGAGGAUGUUCCCCUUUCUGAGCUUCAAUAUCAGCGUUCUGGAUCCGUCGGCCCAUUACAACGUCUACGUGGACGUGGUUCUGGCCGAUCAGCACCACUGGAGGUACCAGGGCGGCAAGUGGGUCCAGUGUGGGAAAGCGGAGGGGAACAUGCCAGGGAACAGGAUGUACAUGCACCCCGACUCUCCCAACACAGGAGCUCACUGGAUGAGACAAGAAGUGUCGUUCAGCAAACUCAAGCUCACCAACAACAAGGGCAGCACCAACAACGUGGCACAGAUGAUCGUCCUCCAGUCGCUCCAUAAGUACCAGCCUCGUCUUCACAUCGUGGAGGUGAAGGAGGACGGAUCGGAGGACCCCUUCCUCUCCUCGAAAGCCCAAACCUUCAUCUUCCCCGAGACUCAGUUCAUCGCAGUUACUGCUUAUCAGAAUGCAGACAUCACUCAGCUGAAAAUAGACCAUAACCCCUUCGCUAAAGGUUUCCGCGACAAUUACGACACGCUGUACGCUCCUCCCGACUCUGAUCGCCUCACCCCCUCCCCUACAGACAGCCAGCAGCUGCUGCCGGGGAGCUGCUACCCUCAGGGCUACCUCCCCGAGCAGUACAUGAGCCCCCUGCCCCAGAGCCGCUUCUUCGGCCGCGAGCCCCUCGGCAUGAGCCAGCAGCACAAAGACCCGUCCUCCAGCCCCAGUCCACACAGCCGCUGGUACCUGCCGCCUCAGCAGGGCGUCGCCCCGAACCGGCUCGACUUCACCUCCUCCUAUGAGGGGGAUUUCUCCAGCAACGGUUUCUACAAGCCCUUCCCCUUGCAGACGUCGGCCCACCAUGCCCUUAGCUACUACCCAGACCACCCGUUUGCAUCUACGAGCGUAUCAGGAGCCACCUCGGCCGCCUGGAGCACCAGCCGGCCCACCCCUCAGUACCUCAGCCACCCCGGUAAACCCGGCCCCAGUCUAGGCUGGUUCAGAGCUGGGCUGGUAUCAUCCUCGUCUUCCUCCUCAUCGUCCUCCACGUCACCCGGCAACCCCCGGCUGCACCCUCCGUCGCUCCUCGAGUCCCUGCAGCCGCCCCUGCUGCAGGACAAGCCCAAAGACAGUGUGGGGGUGGUGGCCGAGGACCCCUGGCUCGAGCCGCCCUCUGUGAAAUCAGACUCGGCCGACUCGGGCCUGUUUGAGGGCGGCGUGGGGGACAACAAGAAGAGGAGGGUGUCGCCCUACACGUCCAGCACCGAAAACUCCCCGCCCCCACGCAGCGGAGAGGCCUGUGAGAAAGACAGCAACAGCGACGCAGACUACUACGGCUAUUACACCCACUGAAGACCUCACACAGCAGCACAGUGUCUCCCAGCAUCAUCCCACACCGCCCUCACGGACACACACCAGUCUGUCCAGUCAGGUCACGACGACGGGCUGCGGCAGUCUCCAAUUCUGCUGUAGCGCAAACCUCAUCUCCAGUCACGCCAUAAAGUCAGAUCUCAAAAGUGUAAGAUGAUUUACAGGAGGAACUUUCAAGGUUACUGUCAAAGUUAGCAUUGAACGCAAGUGGAUGUGACUGGGACUCUGCCCCGGAGUCACAUAAACACCAAACAGACCUGUGACUUCCGCCUUCGAAAAACAUCUGGAGAUUUGAAAAGAAAUGAUCUGCAUAUCUGCUUGCUGACAGACGCCUGCAGGGAUUGUCUGUUCUUUCUGCAUCAAACACUCUGUCUGUCUCUUCUGCUCUGUCUCUUCCUUCUCACCCUCAACCAUUCACACCUACUCCCACAAUAUGCUCACGUUCGCGUCUCCCGAUGAGCGGAAAUUACCUUUUGCACGCACUCGCGCCGUCGUCCCCCCACCGUCCAAUUAGGCCCCAACACGUUUAGCGCAGCUCCCACUAGCGGCGACAGAGCGGCGCUGCAGGCCGACAGGGCAGAGGUCAAAGUGUUUGAACUGAUGUCAGGGCAUUAAGGCAGCUUAGCGAGCACAUGUUCUGAAGUAAAGCUAAUCUGUCUCAACCACGUCAGGACAACCUUUUGUGUGUGUUCGGCACAUCGACAGCAGAAAUAGCAGCUUGUCUACGACCGGAGGCAACAUAUCUCACGAGUUUAAGGGAAAACUGACGGGAGUGUUAAAUAAUCAGAAAACGGGUCGCAGCUUGUAUCUGCAGAGUCUUUAUAAAAAAUAACUGAUCUGGGAUUAUAAGUACAACAGAAAAGAGCACAUCUGGGUGUUUGCAAGAUAAAGUAAAGUUAUCAAAUCUAUUUUAAUAACUGUUUGCGCUGUAAUAUUAUCAACCUUGUAAGGCUAAAAGCAGAGUAAAAGAAAUGCUGGUUUACAACACCAAUAAGAGGAGCUUUUGAAGUAAAAGGGGAAAAACACCUCAUGGAAGACUGUUUUGAUCAUUUAAUACUUGUUUUUGGUCACUUGUUUUUUCAGCAAAAAUGCCCAACUUGCUGGUUGCAGCCUCUAAAAUGUGAGGAUUUGCUAUUUUUUCUUUUCUAAACAUGAAUAUCUUUGAAUUUUAACGCACCAGUCAGACAAAAAAAACAUCACAAGGCCUCACUUUUCACUUUUUCCCUUUAAAAAUAUUGACUUAAUUUAUCAAGAACAUAAUUUGUAGAUUAAUCAGUAAUGAAAAUAAGCACUAUAUGGAACAUUUUUACCAAAAGGCCCAACUUACGUGUUGUUUCUGAAGCUUACAGUCACAUCUCGUGGCCUAUUUCUGUGGAUGGGAAUGUCCAGUUGACAUGGAGGUGAAUUAGAUGGUACCCAAGGAUGGUUUCACAUACGAAUGUCCUUGCUUGUACUCUCACUCCUUGUUCAUGACUUCCUCCAGCUUGAUGCUGUGGCUAGAGUUCAUUCAGUCUCUUGUAAAGGGAACUUUGCUUUUGUCUUUUCUGCUUCAGUGACUACUUACAAACAUUUAUGUGCAUCCAGGAGGAACAUCAUCAGUCACACAGUUUGGUAGCUUAAAUAGAUUUAAGCCACUGCUAUACCAUCUGCAGAAAGCCCAAAACUGCAUGCCUCACCUGGCCUGCAACCACACAUGGCUGCUUUCCUUCCUGUUUAAAAUGCAGCCCCAUUACAAGUGACUGCCUCCUAGUGUACCAGAGGCGUACUGCACCAGAAUAAACACAAAUAAUAAGCUGAAUGGCUCCUGCACUAACUCCUUGUGCCUCAUCAGUCAUCAGUGGCACUUGUUGAGUUCAUCUGUCUUGAUCUUAAAGGCAUCCUGGGUACAUUCUGACCUCUAGCAUGCUCAGGAGUUCACAUAUUACAUAUGACCAGCGACAGUGUCACACUUCUCCAUUCACUGGCAGGUGAAGGUGAAGAAGAAUGCAGUCAACAAUGCAAUGCAGGGUUCAAAAUAUUCCUGGCUUUGCUAAUGGGUUUUAAUAAGCAGAAUAAAAGAUGCAUUCAAAUGCAAAGCUACACAGAAAUGUGUAAAGAUUCACAAAUCGAUAGAUAGUGUUUGGUAGAAUUGUGCAGUUAAGGCAUGUUCAGUAGCCCCAUAUUACAUUUUUGUUUGUUUCAAAGGGCCAAACUAGAUGGAAAAGUGAAAAACUGGCCUUAGAGAGAAGAUUUAGAUUCAAUAUUUGCUAUAUAUUCAGGCAUUCGUGGUUUUAACAGAAGUAGUUGUGCAAAGACUGAAAAAAAAAAGUCUCCUUUUUCACCUCCAUGCAACUGGACGGUCACGACCUGAAGUGCUUAUAAAUAUCUGAUUAGAAUUCAGAAGGUUGCAGAAAUGGUUGGACACAGCUUCAGCGUCAGAAGACUGUGUGUAGGAGGAGCGGGGAGUUUCCAAAGUUAAUAAACUACGUCUAUCAGUUCUGAGGAAGCAUACGAGCAGCUUUAAAGCGUAAAAUUAGUCCUUACUUCACCGAAGCUCUGAUGUGACGAGAUUGCAUCAUUUAGAAAGCCCCUCAACGCGCCACAAUUAGAAACACUGAUGCCAGUCUGUGUGUUUAGAUAUGUCAUAGGAGUGGGCCAGACUGUGGUGGGUGAAGGACUUUUUGAAGCAGCUUGUUUCCACUGAGUUGGAGGUAAAAGAUGUGAGCGUUUGGAUCAGCUUGUCAAACAUGCGGCGGCUCCCUUUGUUUUAAUUCAUUCAGUCAGAGGCACUUUUUGUUUCAGCUUUGUGGUAAUUUGAAGACAUGGAUGAGUGAUGGGCUUCUUGGCUUGGCCAGCUGAACACCAGGUUGGUUGGAUAAAGAAUUACAGCAGCUCCUGUCACCACACAGAAAUAAAACCCACAAUCAAUACCAGCCCUGAAAUCUGGAAAACAGUUUUGGCAGAGGCAGGUGUGACAGCUUUAAUAUCACACGAACAAACUGUUAAACCACAUUCAAACUGCCUCCUGAGUUAUUUUCACACCUAACUGUCAAAAUAAGAUAAAUUAUAUAAUGCUAUGGUUUAUGGAAAAACGACUGAUGAGCCUCCAGGUUUUCCCCAAACCCCUGCAGAGCCUGAAAGUGGGUCAGCGAGGAUCCACCUGCAAACAGACGAGGCGCUGUCACCCUCAGCCCGUAAUAAACAGGAAGCUCAGAGUGACCAGACAGACACUCUGAAUUUCCCCCCAAGUCUUCGGGCCGAUCAUGUGGUGACACCGGCUGACAGAGGCCCGGCUCGCGGCCCGGUGACAGAAAUGAAGAGUGAGGCUGCAGUCGGCGCUGAUCAGAGCUCUGCUCCUCAGUCCUCACCAGGUGUGCUAAUGGCCUCAGACAACACUGGGGGUGACGGGCGGGAAGUCAGUGUCGAGCCGGCCUGCUUAGGUCCUUUCUGAGGGAGACAUGCGAUCAUUUAUAUAGGUUUGCAUUGCUGCAGUCUUUAAAGGCUGCAGAUUAGAUGAUGGAAGCAGCAGCACCGAUGGUCUGUAUUGUCCCAUAGAGACAGAAAUCCAGCAGAUUUGGUGAAACUUAAGACUUGAAUCUGCCACUAAAGUCACCAUAUAAAGACUAGGAUCCAGUUUAAUGUGCAAUUUGGUGAAAAAAUGCAAAGAAAAAUAUUAGAAAUUCAUUUUUUUCAAAAGUAGCACCACAUAAACAACCUCCACUGAGCAGAGUAGCAACCUGUCUGGAAAUCUUGUGACUUUAAAUCUACCUUCAUGUCAAUAAGGAAAAUCUUUAAACUACUUCACUGGUUCAAAUAAGUCCACAAUCUGCAUAAAGAACAUAUUUUCUUGCAGAUAAUGUAUUUUCUUUGUGCGCUGUUGGUGUAGUACUUGAAUAUUUUUCUAGGUUUUGUGCAAAGUCCAUGACAAUCAUAAAUUAACAGCUUUAAAAAAUAACAAAAGCAUAAAUUUAACUUCUUUUUUAAACUUCAAACUCUGUUUUCUCAGAUUUGCUGUUUCUGUAGUUCUUGUACUUGGCCUUUAUAGGACAGAAUACUGCAAAUGCUGCUGUGUAUUUUCACAUUUCUAAGCUUCAGUAACUAUAUUAUGAACAACCAGGUAACAAAGGAUUUACAUUCAGCUUAAAGAGAUCGUUUGACACAUUAACAUAAAAGCACAAAUUGUUAUUUAAACCUUCACUUUGUAGAGCUCAAACUUACACAUUGUGGGUUUUUUUACAGCCUGAUUCCAGUAUUUUAGAUGCAACCAUUGCAGAUUAGGUUUGAGACACUGCACAAGCUGCAGAAACAGUUCACUUACUGAAGAGAAUAUGAAAAGUUCUACUGAUUUUACAGCCUCCUGUUGCUGUUGUGCGUUGAACAGGUUGUAAUCCUGACUUCAGUAUUGCUGUUUGCCUUGUUAAGGUUUCACAAAGACUCUCACUGGAUCCACUGGAAGUUACAAACAGCACAUAAUGUUCAUAAAACGUUCUUAACGUUGAUGCAAAAAGGGCAAACCGUCUGUCCUUUAUCUGAGCAUUUAAGUAAUGAAGAGCAGAAUGGAUAUAUUGUAUGAUCAACUGAUGGGAAAAAUAUGUAUGAUGCUUGUGUAACAUUUCCAAAAGAUGUACUAUUUAAAUGUUUGUGUUGACACCUGCCAGAGAAAGAGGUGGCGGUUCUUAACGAAGCUGUAACAACGGACGAUUCGUGUUUUAAGUGCAAUUAAUAAAUUAGUUUAGAGUUAACGAUGGCGCUGCAACAAACAGCAAAGUUUCACCGGCCUGUGGACGUUUAUUUUACGUGCUGUGGUUUACGUGGUUCACUGAGUGACUGCAGUGCAGGAUUUCACAUGGAGCAGCAGCAGAGAUGCUUUCAGACACCUCAGGAACGACCCCUGCUGGAUAUCUCAGCUAUUACAAUCAGCCAACCAACCCCGACCCCCGAUGUUCAACCUGUAAUACCUCCAUCUCCCAUCAGUCUGUGCUUCCCUCGAACUGUAUUUCCAGAGAUUUUACUGUAUAAUAUAGAAACUGGAGGAGUGAAGAAGGCAGACCAGACAGCUGAAGCAGCAACAAGCAUGUUAUUUUAUUUUGUGUGUGCGUGUGUGUGUGUGUGUGUGUGAUCUACUGUAUGUGCACUGUUCGUGUCGAGGGAGAUCCUUCGACUCCUUUCUUUAAGAGCUUAUAAAUUGCAAUGCAGAAACAAAUAAGACUGAAGAUUUCUGAAUGGGGAAAACAGAAACUGUUAUUUAUUAAAGGUGGCAUAAAUGUGUACUGUACUGUUGUUUUUUUAUUCAUGAAAAUAAAGCUUACACAUGAGAAAUA